AUGAGUAAAGUCUUCUUUGAUAUAACUGCCAAUGGUGAGUCUAAGGGCCGCGUUGUUUUUCAACUUUAUGAUGAUAUAGUCCCUAAAACUGCUGACAACUUCCGUGCAUUAUGUACUGGUGAAAAAGGUGUAGGUAAACAAGGUAAACCUCUUUCAUAUAAAGGGUCUGCUUUUCACCGUGUUAUAAAAGAUUUCAUGUGUCAAGGUGGGGAUUUCACCAAUGGUAAUGGUACUGGUGGUGAAUCUAUUUAUGGUGAAAAAUUCGAAGAUGAAAAUUUCACCAAGAUUCAUGAUCGUCCAUUCUUAUUAUCCAUGGCUAAUGCCGGUCCAAACACUAAUGGUUCUCAGUUUUUCAUAACUACAGUUCCAACUCCUCAUUUGAAUGGUAAACACGUUGUUUUCGGUGAAGUCAUCGAAGGUAAAUCAGUUGUUCGUCAAUUGGAAAGAUGUGAAAAGGGUGAACAAGAUAAACCAGUUGAAGAUUGGGUUAUUGCUGAUUGCGGUGAGUUGCCAAAAGAUUACAUUCCUCAAUCCAAAGCAGUUGAUGAUGGAACUGGUGAUGUAUAUGAAGCGUUCAUGGUUGAUGAUGAUAAAAUCGAUGUGAAUAAACCAGAAAGUGUUUUCAAUGCAGUUAAACACUUGAAACAAAUUGGUACAACUUAUUUACAAAAAGGGGAUUUGAAAGUGGCUUUGGCCAAAUAUGAAAAGGGUAGCUCUUUCAUGGAUGAAUAUUUCCCUGAUGACUUAAAGCAAGAAGAUAUUGAUGAAUUAAAUAAAUUAAAAGCCUCCUUGUAUUUGAAUACCUCUUUGGUUGCAUUAAAAUUGAAAAAUGGUAAGAAGACCGUGAGUGCCGCUAACAACGCCUUGGAAUCCGAAGGCAUCGAUGAUAAACUGAAACUGAAAGCAUUGUACCGUAAAGGUAUGGGCCAAUUAUUAUCUAAAGAUGAAGAUGGGGCUCAAAAAAGUUUAGAAGAAGCAUUGAAAUAUGCUCCUCAAGACGGUGGUAUCUUGAAAGGCUUAAAUGAUGUUAAAAUUAGUAAAAAAAAUAGAAAAGAAAAGGAAAAAAAGGCCAUGUCUAAGUUCUUUAGUUAG